GCGGCGUGCAGGGAGCGCCCGGCCGCCUGCAGGGACUGGAGCCGGGGCAAAGGAAGAGGCGAAGUCCCGCGGGCAGAGGCGGGACGGGGCUGUAGGGGAGGCAGAACUGGGGAGGGGGGCGUUUGGGACCGGGCUCUGCAUGGCCCCCCCUCCCCAGCGGCUGCUCCUCGCCUCCCCCUUUUGCGGAUCUUUCUGAGGAGAAGAAAGGAGGGGAGGAGGAGGAAGGGGGAAGGGACAGGGAAUCCCCCUCCCCGCGCUCUUCGCGAGAAGGAGACUCGGCUUCUUUUUGUUUUUGGCUUGUUUGGAGGCGGCUGAGCAGGAAAAGGGGAGCAGAAGACCUCGGCGCCGUCAGCCGCCGCCGCCGCCGCUCCCCCACCCCUUGCUGGGAGAUGGUGCCAUAUGAAGCGCGUUGGAAGGACCAUGGUUGAAAGGAACAGCAAGUUCCUGCUGAUCGUGGCGGGCUCGGUGUGCUUCAUGCUCAUCCUAUACCAGUAUGUGGGGCCGGGGCUGAGCCUGGGCUCGCCGAGCGUGCGCUCGUACCAGGACGAGCUGGACCUCUUCCCCACGCCGGACCCACAUUACGUGAAGAAGUACUACUUCCCCGUGCGGGAGCUGGAGCGCCGGCUCGCCUUCGACAUGAAGGGCGACGACGUGAUCGUCUUCCUGCACAUCCAAAAAACGGGCGGCACCACCUUCGGCCGCCACCUGGUGCAGAACGUGCGCCUCGAGGUGCCCUGCGACUGCCGGCCCGGCCAGAAGAAGUGCACCUGCUACCGCCCCAACCGCCGGGAGACCUGGCUCUUCUCGCGCUUCUCCACGGGCUGGAGCUGUGGGCUGCACGCCGACUGGACCGAGCUCACCAACUGCGUGCCCGGCGUGCUGGACAAGCGGGAGAGCGCCGCCGCCAAGCCGCCCAGGAAGUUUUAUUACAUCACUCUGCUGAGAGAUCCUGUAUCCCGUUACCUCAGUGAAUGGAGACACGUCCAACGAGGAGCUACUUGGAAAACAUCCUUGCACAUGUGUGAUGGCCGGACACCAACCCCUGAAGAGCUGCCAUCAUGCUAUGAAGGCACAGACUGGUCAGGCUGUACCCUGCAGGAGUUUAUGGAUUGCCCAUACAACUUAGCCAACAAUCGCCAAGUGAGAAUGUUGGCUGACCUGAGCUUGGUGGGCUGCUACAAUAUGUCCUUCAUACCAGAGAACAAGCGAGCACAGAUACUGCUGGAGAGUGCUAAGAAGAAUCUCAGAGACAUGGCCUUUUUUGGCUUGACAGAGUUCCAGAGGAAAACACAGUAUUUGUUUGAGAGAACUUUCAAUCUGAAAUUCAUCAGGCCGUUCAUGCAGUACAACAGCACAAGGGCAGGUGGAGUGGAAGUAGACAACAACACCAUACGGAGGAUUGAAGAACUUAAUGACUUGGACAUGCAGCUGUAUGACUAUGCAAAAGACCUGUUCCAACAGCGAUACCAGUACAAGCGGCAGCUGGAAAGGAUGGAGCAGAGGAUAAAGAAUCGGGAAGAGAGGCUUCUUCACCGAUCCAAUGAGGCACUUCCCAGGGAAGAGACCGAAGAGCAAGGACGGUUGCCUACAGAGGACUACAUGAGCCAUAUUAUAGAGAAGUGGUAGCCUUGGCAGAAUUUUUUACUGAGAACAGGUUAUUAGAGUUUCCAUAAGAAAAGAACGUGGAAUUAAAAAAAACUAUUAUUUAAAAACAGUCUGUAAAACAGAAGGUAGAAUGCUUCUUUAAACAAAGGGUCUUUUUACUGUUUCUUAUAAGACCAGUGGGGUUCUUAAUAAAAAUAAAUAAAUAAAAAACAAAAAAUAAAGAGUCAGUCCCAGAGAGCUCAACAUUUAAAAUGCACAAGAAUAGGUCCCCCAGCUCUGAGGCCAAAUGCAAUGUAAUGUUUGUAUCCUUGUAGACGCAAAUCUAGAGGUCAUAAAUAGUAGCUGUGUACCUACUCUUCUCCCCCAGCAAGGUCAAUUAGAUCUUCACAUGUAUCCAUGUUUUCUCCCUUUCUCAUGUGAGGUUUCCAAUGAUGAGUCAUAAUAAUGGCAGUGAAGUUGCCAGACAAUGGCUUCGCCUCAGACUUCAGGUGGAAGCCAUAGUCAAAAAAGAAAUAUAACUGGAACAGCCAGAGGAAAAGCAGAGAACCAGAAACAUCCAAGUAAGCAGUCUAUGGCCUGGACCACAUAACAAGCACAGAAACUUGGAUAUAAGGCACUGGUGCCUUGCAUGCUCACACUCACUCUCACACAUACUGCACUCCCCAAGCAACUGAUGAAUGUUUGCACAAAUAUUUCUCAGCCUUUGUGAUACAACUUCUUGUCCAAAAGUCAAUACCCACAUAAAAGCAAACCUGGGCAUUCAUGUAAAAACCUCACAUAGAGUUAAAUUGGUUGUGCGCCAGUCCUUCAGUUUUAAAAGGAGAUGGUCUACUAAGGCUAUCGCACAGUUGGUCUCCUGCUUGUGCUUGCUUACGCUCAAUGUAUCCUUUUGUUGGGUUGGACAUUUAUUUAAUCAGAAACAAAUAUCAAACAUUGAAGAUGCUCAUUGUUUAGCUUAACAUAUUGUCCUCAGUGCCUGGGAGUGAUAUACUGUGAAAGUUAGAUGCUUUUAAGGCCUGAAUAGGGCUUAAUUUGAGCUUUUCACUUGCACCCUUCCACUCCAUUAAUUUCAAAGGGAUUUUCAUGGAACUAACAUUCACUGCAGUGAAUGCCUUGCUUUUUUAUUUUUGAACAACACCUUAGCAUUUGGAAUAUUGGAAAUCUUGACCAAUUCUCAGUUUCAUGCUCUGAUAUUGCUAUCCUUUAAUAACCACAGUGUUCCUUUAAAAAAAAGGCACCCAUAUAAACUUUAGUUUGAAGCGAUUCCAAUUAUCAUUUUAUCUCCUUCAUCCAAAGCACCUGUUUUUCUUUUUUUUCCUAAAUGUAUUCAUGAGUUGGCCUGAAAGAGAGAAACAAAACAAAAGCAAAUGGCAUUUGAGCCUUUUUACUUAUCAUCACCUACCCCAACCUCCGCCCCGAGAUGUACAUGGCAAGGUUAGAGACUGAGUUCAAUUAAGUUAGCAGCCAGUGUGAUUCUCAAAGGAUGGACUCACUGCAUAUCAUAGAAAGUCCUGAAAACGUAAGGAAAGGCUAGCAUAUUUAUUCCAGUGUGAAUGUUAACACAAGGAACUAUCUCACUCUGAUUGAUUUCUCUUUUCCCAGCCAACUCUGUGUCUGCACCAUUGCCAAACUUCAAAAUACAAACUGAAGUGCAUGUUCCCCUUGCCCGCCCCUGGGAGGAGGUAGCCACGUUGCUUAAUGAAAUGUCUCCCUAAUUUAAACACACACAGCUUGGUAUUUCUAACUGUUCUGAAUCAGUCAGUCAGCGAUAAUUACUUUCAAUUAUAUGGAAAACAAGCCCCAGUAAAAUGCAACCCCACACAAGUUGAUUGAAAAUCCUGCCCAUGUUGGUUUCAGUGUUUAUCUGAUCUGCCCGAAUAACAAAUGCUCCUAAUUACACAGAUCCUGAAAAGAUGUACAAGUUAUUUAAGUGCUUGGCCAGAUCUGCCUGAAAUCCAGUGCCAGUCGUGUCCCUUGUACGUUCCUGUAAAGUGCUCCUUUGAAGAAGGCCUUCCUGUUUUUUGGGUAUGCACAGCUGGCCAUAAAUGCGCACUUGAGGUUUAGGCAAGGAAUUCUCAUAUUACUUGUUUGUUUGAGCAUUGUUUUCCAUUGGGGGAAGAAUGCAUGUUAAAAAUCCUCAAUUUGGGAAUUAAUGGCAGUUUGCUAAUUCCCAUGACACCUGUGCAUUUCUGUAAGUCCUUUUAAGAGAAUCUAUUUAACAUUUUGUUUACCAACAAAACAUAUGUGAGAGAUAAGAAGCAGCUGUUCCGUAUGCAGAACACGUAGCUAAAGGCUUCCCACUGUGUAUUCAUAGUUAUGGAUCUAUAAUAUAAAAAUGGUUGCAGCCAUUAAUACAUAUUCAUAGUGUGAAUACUAGAGAGCCUGCUGUAUUAUACUUUGUACAAUUGGUAGCAAGUUCCAAGGGCCAAAAUAUGCUUCCACAUAUUGUGUGGUUAAAGUGAAAAUUAAGUAUUUAUUCUUCAUGUCUAAAUUUAAUUUCCACAAGAACUUGAAUAAACCUUAAUGGAUCUGCCUGUGGAAACUCAAAUUUCCAGGAACAUCAGUAGUGGGCUUUCUCCAACAUUUUCUAUGUGUAAUAUUGUUAUAAUUACAAACUAAGGAAAUAAAACUACUGAAUAUUGUUAUCCACUUACAUCUGCCAAAGGAAGGUGAGUUGCUGUGUGAUCGUUUGUGUUCUGUCUCUAUAUUUGCAGCUGUAGAGGGUAUGUGUGUCUACAUUUCACAUCCCAGCUCUGAUAAAUCACCCGCUUCCUAAGCUUGCCUACAUUAAAAUCCUAACCAGUUAUGAAAAGUCAGCCUAGGAAACUUGUCAUAAUUCUUUGGACUGAAGUAUCUUGCCUAUGCAAUAGGAAUUCAGGGAUCAACAGAAACACAGACAAGCUAUGAUUCCAAGUGUAGGAAGCAAAGAAAACUGGCCCAGGAGUGCACAUAAAGUAAGGGCUAAAGCAGAAAGUGUGGUGAAACUUCAUUCUGACACCAAAAGCCUUUUCUUGGGGCUGUAAUUCUAUACCCAUUUACGUGGGAGUAGGUAUAACUGAACUUAGUGGGGCUGACCUCUGAAUUGACAUGUAUAGGAUUGCCUUACUAGUUGGAUUUUUUUAAGGGUAGUCUUUAACCCCUAAACAGUUACCCUGUUUAGAACAGUAAUCCCAUAAGUGAUAACUGUUUCUUCGUGUGUUAUCAGAUGUUUCAAGAGCAGAUGGAUGCCACAGUAAAAUCAAAAUAAAUGCAUAGGUUAACACUUGCUGUACCAGAACUAUUUACCCUCAGUGGGCCACAUUUUUGCGAGACAGUGCACCAUCCUUUCCAAGUCAACUUAUUAAUUGACUGAGAGCCCAUAGGAUCUGCACCAUGCUGCUGGAAGGCUCCUGAAAACGUUAACAGCAGCCAUGUAAAAUCAGUGUGCUUAUUCACCAGGGGCUGCAACAGGAAUGUCAGAAGCACUUGAGCAGCACGUGCAUCCUAUCCACACACACUCUGCCCCAUUGCUUACAGCAUUCUAGGAUUGCAGCCUUAGACUUUAAAGCAAAGAAGGAUGUUGUGGUGCCAGCUAGCCACCUGUCCACCUGUGGUCACAGAGAAGACAGGUAAGAAAUGGUUCAUUAUAGAAGCGUACUAGAGCCAGGGCUUUCUGCAGUCAAUAAUACUGGGUAAAUAUGAACCCAGCCUAUGAAAACAGUUUUCAUGGAACAUGGAGCAUUAUAUGUUGACUUGAAUGCCAUAGCUGAAGGACUAUUUCUGGCAAAGUAUGAUGAAUUAUGCUUUGGGGUGAUAGCACCACUAGAUAAGUUAGAUGGCAGCUUUCCCCAGCAAUGGUAGCAUAACACAGGAGGGCUUGGAAGGAAAAGGCAGGGGAUUUUUGCUUUUCUUAGAAAGGAUUAGACAAUAGUUCCUAGGCAUGAUAGGGAAACAGAGCAUUCUGGCUCAGGGUUAGUAUGUAUUUGAAAGGUAGGGGCGCCAUAACAGUGGAGAUCUGUAGACUUCCUAUCCUAUUUGUGGGUUUUCCAAAAAUUUGGCUGAUUGCUGAUGGAAAUAGGAUGCUAGACUCAAUGAAGCAUUGAUCUGAGUCAGCAGGCUGCUUCUUAGGAUAGCAGCCUUUAAUGUGCAUGGAAAUUGGCAAAGUGCCAGUGCAUUUUGUGCAGAACUAUUAGAAAGCAGUAACAAGAUGAUAACCUGUAAGUGCCCUGCCAGUAACAUGGCAUCAGCUGAAAGUUCUUGUGCCAUAUUAGUCUUUCAGUCUUCCUUUAUCACACCAGAUACUGUUAGAUGCUGCCUUCGGUAUGAAUAAGUCUGCUCUAGCAAUUUUCCCUUGGGCCUAUACAGAUGUAGGUUUUAAGGCUAUGGGGAAAAUGGAGCAACUUUGAACAAAACAGCAUAUCCACUUUGAAACUAUGAAGAUAAAGGUAACUGAAUAAGGUAGAAGGGCUUAAUUACAUGGCUGUUGUGGGUCAAGUUCUUCAGGCUUCUACUACAGUAUACUGUUGGUAGCAAGAGCUUGGAUUGGGAGUUUGAAGCCCUUGGCUCUAAUUGCUUCGUGCAUCACUGACCCAAUGGGCCCUUUUUUCAUUCUGCUUUCUCUCAGGAGCAUCCACCUGUGUGGAAAAAGCAGAGGAAGCCACAGGAAAUCCAUGCAACAUUAGACCACUGUGGAGCAUGGUAGGCCAUGGGCCUCAUUUCCAGGUCCAGCACACAGUUAAGUGUAACCAUGGCUGUCGCAGCACACACACAUACUAACAUUUUUACAGAUCUACCAGCAGAAUAUGGGAGAGAGAGAAAGGUCAGUGUCAGCCAGCGACCUAUAUGACUUCAGCUGAGCAAUGCACUGACUUCACUUAACUGGAAAGGGAACACAGGUCAGUGGCAGAGCACUUGCUUUGCAUGUAGAAGACCUCUAUUUGAAUCCCCAACAUCUCUCCAUUAAAGAAGGACAAGGUAGCAAGUUGCCCUAAGGACCUCUACCUGAACCCAUGGAGAGCAGCUGGCAGUCACGGUAGACAAUAGUGGGGUGUAUGAACAUUCUCUUGGCAUUCUUGCCAGGGAUCCCCUUACAAGCAUUUGAACAGGGUCCUGGGAGGAGGGAAGGGACUUGCUAGACUAGCUGCCCACAGACACCCAUGAAGUUCUUGAUGUCUCCAUGUCCUGAUAAAUGUAUGCUUAAUGCUAUAACAAUUUGGAUUGCAAUCUUUAGUGACUUCUCUGGGAACCAAGAGCAAAACAGUGCUAUCAAGUAUUAUAGCCUACAUCAAGAAUUGAAUGGACCUGCAGAAGAAUUACCAGUUCAGAUGUUCAUCAGCCAAGCAAAUAUAAUCUUCAACGUAAAGGCCACUUCUCAGGAGAAAUUUCUCUAUUUUAUGUUCAUGUCAUCCACUGUCUUGUUUUUUUAAAUGUUUCUUAUGAUGAAACACUUGUUAGCCUAACACCUCUUCAGAUACAGGCUAAGCUGUUUGGCUUCAGAUCUGCUACAGCAAAGGGUCACAAAAACAUCUACAAUAUUACUCUAAGCCUCAGUUUGCAUAAUUCUCCAAUGUGAAUUAUGUGCUCAUUUGGUUUUUAGAGAUUUACCCCUGCUUCCUUCACAAGCAAAAACUGUUGGGGUAACUCUGCAAAGAGUGUUCCUCUAGGAUUAGGUGUAUUUGCAACCUCAGGCACCUCACAGAUCACAAUUAAGCCUAUAUUGUUGUGAACCACCCAGACAACUUUAGCUGUAUAAAAGCACUGUAUAAAAUUAGAAUUAGUAAUAAUAAUCCUGAUCCUGUAGUACUUGGUUGAAUAGCAGCCAUAACAUACUUUGCAUCAUGCAAUGCUGGUGUAAGAUCAUCUCAUGAUGCACUGUACCUUUCCAGGGAAGAGGAUGGGUUGGAUCUUCCAGUUUAAUCCUAAAUCAUCUGAACUGAACAUGGAUGAUGUUCCAGUGCAGAUGUGCCUUAACUGCAAAGAGGAUGGCAGACUUAUUACAUGUUUAUAUAGUUUACAGUUAAGGGAAGUUCUCUGACCAGGUUUUGGAUGCAAGGUUGAGAGUUUAGCAUUUGAACCAUAGAGCCCUCCACAGUUCUUUGAAAGGUAACAAAGAAAUUGCAAUGCCAGUAUAAUCUUCCUGCAGUUCAUUUCCACUGUUGUUUUGCAUAGAAUACACUUAAGAUUGCAGUUCUACUCAGUCUGCCAUUGUUUCUCAUUUUGUUGAAUGAUGCAGUUUAUCAUAUUCCACUAGAAGGAACACAUUUAAGGGAUUUUGUGGUUGAAAUAAAGUCCCUUAAAGCACAAAGCAGUUAGCCAACCAAAUAAUUGUCACUAGGACUUGACUGCAUGCAUCCGGGCACUGAUCUAAGGAGAGGAAACCAGGUUUUGCUCAUGAUAACAUUCUUCUCUGCAUAUUUUGGUUUCCAGUGAAACCUGAAGGCAUUAUAUGCAAAUGAACCACCCCACCCAUCCCACUUUACUCAGCAGUUUUCUGCAUUAUCUUUCCUCCUCUUCACUGAUGUUCCUUUCUAUAUGCUGAACUUAAGAGCUGCACUAUGAAAAAUAAUUAUGUUAAAUUUAUUUCCGAAAGACGGUUUGUUCUGUACAUGUUGGGAUAUGUUUUAAUUUAUUUGUGUUGCCUCUUUCUGAACUGAUUUUAAAGUGCUUCUUCAAAACAUUCUAAUGGUGAUGUUCCUGUCUGUGCCAGCCUCCAAACAAUUUUUCUUUGCUCAUCUUGUUCUUGCCUUCCCACUGAUGGUAUAAGUAGCAUCUGAGAGUCCAUGGACAAGUCAUACAUGGAUCUGUUUCCCUCCUUUUCUUGGAUGAUUUUAUCUGCCAAGGAAAAAAGUCCUGCUUCUGAUCACUUGAAAUAAACUCCCAUUUUGUCCCACUCUAGAUCUCAAACAGGCCAUUCUUUUCAGCAGUAACUGAGAGCAACCUAACCAUUGUUUUUCAGUGGACUGAAUCUAUAAGGUCUGCAUGUUUGCUGCAGGAACUAAAAACAGUGCUCAAAGUUGAACCAAGCAACAUUUAAAGCUUUAUAUAUUUAUUUAUAGCUUCAUUUUAAAACUGUUAAUGAGAAAGAAGAUUGUUUCAUUUCCUUUUCCUCAAUAACUACUAUAAAAUGGACAAAGCAAAGUAUAGAAACAGUCAUCUAAUUGAUUUUUAUCUGGUUCAAGACUGGAUGUUAACAAACUGAAUAAACCCUAAAACAUUA